CCGUCUGGCAGACCAGGAUCGCGACACCGACUUCGCCAGGCUCGCCGACAUGAGUGGCGAACGCCGCAGGACCAUCCAAAACAGUAUUGAGGUGCCGACGAUGCAGAAUCAACGGAAACGUCCGCCCAGCGAUCCGCAGGACAGCUACGAGGAGACAUGCCGUGCCGCCGAGAUUCUGUCAUCGAUGAAGCUGCAGAGUCCGCAUGGCUCAAUGGCCGACAAGUGCUCGAGUCCCGGCAGCAGCUCGUCGGCUUCCUGGAGCUCCGGUUCCGCCUCGCCGCCCCUGAGCGAUGACGGCCACGCCCACCACAGUCCACACAACAUAAUGUCGCCCCACGAUGCGGCCAACGCACGCAUACGCACAACAUCGGUGUCCACAUCCGACGAGGGCAUUGUCAUCGACUUCAAGGAGGAGCGCAAGAAAAAGUCCAAAAAGUUCCGCUGCACUUAUCGGGGCUGUCACUAUGUGGAACCCGACCAGAAUAAAAUCGUUCGUCACAUUAGGAAAACACAUUUGGGGAAGAAGGCCCGUCGUUCGGCAGAUGACAACGAGGAGAACGAGGAGGACUUCUACUACACGGAUGUGGACGACGACGACGAGCAGGUGAAGCCCAGCCUGGCCUCCGAGCCGACGCUGAGUCACCGGGACAUGGCGCGUCCUCCACACGAGGAUCCGGAGUACCAGAAGCAGAUAGUGGGCAACUUCAAGCAAGGACGGGCAGGCAGCCACUAUAACCACCUAACGCAGCCCCAUGGACGCAGCAUCAGUGGCGGCAACAUCCCGAGCAACCACCAGCAGCAGCUGCAGAACAACAACACCAGCUGCAUCCCCACUUCGCACCUGGCCCACCACAACUACACCUGGCCAGCGGCGGCGGCGGUGGGCGGCGUCGGCGGCGGCGGCAUCUCCUCAUCCACGGGGACGGGGCUCGUGGCAUCCGGAUCCAGCUCCAGUUUGUCAUCCUCGCCGCUGGGCAAGCACGCUCGCUCGUCGUCCACCCGUCCGUCCCACUCGGUAGCGCCAUAUCCAUCGCCGACAUACGUCCAGCAGCAGCAGCACCACAGCAACAACCACCACACGCAACACCACAACUACGCCGGCAGCAGCAGCAACAGCAGCCACAGCAGCAGCAGCAGCAGCAGUCCGGUUAUCCACAGCAACAGCAGUGCCAACAACAUGCUGCAGCAGCUCUCACAGCAGAAUGUCACGGUGACGGCACACCACAGCCACCAGCAGCAGCAGCAGCAACAGUUGCAACAGCAGCAGCAGCAGCAACAUCACCACCAACAGCAACAGCAACACAGCCACCAGCAGCAGCAACAGCAGCAGCACCUCCUGUCCAGUGUGACGAUCACGCCCAAUUACCAUCCGGCGCAGCAGCAACAUCAGCAGCAGCAGCAACACCACCAGCCGAUGCGGCAACAUCCACAGACAACUGCCGGCAACCUGGUUGCCCAAAACAACAGCAGCAAUCCGCUGCAGCAGCAACACUUGGCGCAACCGGCGGUCGCCAAGCAGACGCCACAUUCGCCAGGCAAGAGGACGCGCGGCGAGAACAAGAAGUGUCGCAAGGUCUAUGGCAUGGAGAAGCGCGACCAGUGGUGCACCCAGUGCCGGUGGAAGAAGGCGUGCACUCGCUUUGGGGACUGAAAGCGACAGAAGUCGUCGACGGAGGCGG